AUGGCUAUCGAAUACGACGAAUCAGACGACACCAUCUGGUUCGAUGAUGGUGAAUACAUCGGCACUGAAAUCUCUUUCCCAUUCAAUUCAGUGUGGAGGUUAGACGUCAAGAUAAGAGAACAUAGUUACAUAGAGCCUCAGAGGGAAUGUGAGGACUUGCACGUCAAUUCUGAGGCACGUGGAGCCUUUAUCUGCUCCAAGGUUUCCGGGAAUGGCCCACCUACUGCCAUUGUUAAGAUUCGUCUGCAGUCAGUGCCAUCCACUUCCAGUCGCAAAUACUAUCGAGGGAGAGAGAGAGAGAGAGAGACUGAUAUAAAUGGCCAGGAUUCCGUGGUGGAAAACAGCGAGGCAAAGCCCCGAUAUUCGCGCCAAGCAGGCUAA